AUGGAGGACGGCCCUCUUCAUGUUGUUGUAUUCCCCUGGCUAGCUUUCGGCCACAUGCUCCCUUACCUCGAGCUCUCCAAGUCCUUGGCUAAGAGGGGUCACCGCAUCUCCUUCCUUUCCACCCCAAGAAACAUCCAAAGGCUCCCAAAUAUCCCUCCGCAAAUAGCUUCCCUUGUAGACAUGGUUUCUUUGCCCCUUCCGAAGGUCGACGGCUUGCCGGAGGAUGCCGAGGCCACCACAGACCUCCCACCAGCUAAGGUCCAAUAUCUCAAGAAGGCAUUUGAUGGCCUCGAUGAGCCCUUCACAAGAUUCGUCCAAGAGGCUUCUCCAAAACCAGACUGGAUAAUCCAUGAUUUCUCUCAUCAUUGGAUGCCACCAAUCGCCUCCAGGUUCAAGGUACCAUGUGCCUACUAAAGCAUAUUUCCUUCUUCCUCUCUUGUUUUCUCUGGGCCUCCCUCGGAGAUGAAACUUGGAGGCUUGCGAAGGACCCCCGAGCAGUUCACGAAGCCACCGGAGUGGAUCUCCUUCCCUACCUCCGUAGCUUUUCGCCUCCACGAGGCCCGAAUGUUCAUGGAGCACUACCGUGACAACGCCUCGGGGUUUUCCGAUAUCCAGCGCAUGGAGCGGAUCAUCCAAGGGUGCGAGCUUGUGGCUGUCCGCAGUUGCAAGGAAUUCUGGAUUCCUCAGCUCAGUGUCUUGGCCCACCCAUCGGUGGGAGGAUUCUUGACACACUGUGGUUGGAGUUCGAUCAUCGAAGGGCUUCAAUUCGGACAUGCUCUAAUUUUGCUGCCCCUGUUUGUGGACCAAGGCCUGAUUGCUAGAAUUAUGGAGGAGAAAAAGAUUGGACUGGAGGUGCCGAGGAACGAGGAGGAUGGAUCUUUCAGUAAAGAAGGGGUAGCCAAGGCCAUAAGGUUGAUAAUGGUGGAAGAAGAAGGGGAACCAUUCAGAUGCAAAGCCGGACAGAUGAAAGGGGUUUUCUCUGACAAGGAAUCACAGGAACUUUAUGUGGACAAUUUUGUUCGAUGCUUACAAAAUCACCGGGAAAAGCAACGGUGAUCAGUGAGUCCUUAUUUUAUUAAUUUGGAAAGUAUGCUAUGGAGAAUCUUUUUU